CGUAUAAGAAACACCCAACUGGUAGAGCUCACUUCACAGUCGAUUGUAUCAAUUAGGGACUAGGGUUUAAAAGGGCUAGCUUUUUUUAUGGGGUUUUGUUUUUCUGGAUAUCUUUUUUGAAAUAAUUUAUACCUUUUUUUGCGAAUCUCUACUCGAAUCUUAAUUAGUUGACGAUGGCUCGAUUGAUUAUUCCCUGCAAAGGUUCGAGCUUGCCGAGGACUUGUCUCUUGGGUUUGAUUUCGUCUGCACAUCUUCAACCUACAUGUCGUAUCCCAUCAGUAAAAUACUCCAACACCAUCUCUAAAUACAGGCUUUAUCAUAAUUCACAGCAAAUUAUACGCAAAAGUUGCCGAUUUCCAUACCUUUAUUCACCGAGAACUAAUCAAACGAGUAGGAGACUCGUUUGUUCUGUGGCAACCGAAUCCGUGUCAAAAUCAUUUGAAGAAUCGAAAAUGGAGGGUCCUAAAGAGAUUUUCCUAAAAGAUUACAAAUUACCAGAUUACUACUUUGAUACGGUGGAUCUAAAGUUUACGUUGGGUGAAGAAAAGACAAUCGUGUUUGCAAAAAUCAAUGUUGUCCCUAGAGUCAAUGGUGUCACUCCUCCAUUGGCUUUGGAUGGGAUUGAUCUCAAGCUGAUUUCGGUCAAGAUUAAUGGAAAUGAAUUAAAGGAGGGAGAUUAUGAUGUAGAUGCUCGGCAUCUAAUUCUCAAAGCACCUCCAAGUGGGAGUUUUACCUUGGAAACUGUUACUGAAAUUUCACCACAACAUAACACAUCAUUAGAGGGUCUUUACAAGUCGUCUGGUAAUUUCUGCACACAAUGUGAAGCCGAAGGUUUCAGAAAGAUAACUUAUUUUCAGGAUCGCCCUGAUAUUAUGGCAAAAUAUACUGUUCGUAUUGAGGCUGACAAGUCACUUUACCCUGUGUUAUUGUCCAAUGGAAACCUCAUUGAUCAAGGAGAUUUAGAGGGUGGGAAGCAUUUUGCUGUUUGGGAGGACCCGUUCAAGAAACCUUGUUAUCUUUUUGCAUUGGUUGCAGGAGAAUUAGAGAGCAGAGAUGACACUUUCAUAACAUGUUCGGGUCGAAAAGUUGAUUUAAGAAUAUGGACCCCACCACAAGAUCUCCCCAAAACCAAACAUGCCAUGUAUUCUCUUAAAGCAGCCAUGAAAUGGGAUGAAGAUGUUUUUGGUCUAGAGUAUGAUCUUGAUCUCUUCAACAUCGUUGCUGUUCCCGAUUUCAACAUGGGAGCCAUGGAAAACAAGAGCUUGAAUAUUUUCAAUUCUAAGCUUGUUUUGGCAUCACCUGAGACUGCAUCAGAUGCAGAUUAUGCUGCAAUUUUGGGUGUUAUUGGUCACGAGUAUUUCCAUAACUGGACUGGCAACAGAGUGACAUGUCGUGACUGGUUCCAAUUGAGUUUGAAGGAAGGUCUUACUGUUUUUCGUGAUCAAGAAUUUUCAUCUGAUUUAGGCAGUCGAACAGUUAAGAGAAUUGGUGAUGUUUCAAAGCUCCGUAUAUAUCAAUUUUCACAGGAUGCGGGACCCAUGGCUCACCCUGUUAGGCCUCACUCUUACAUUAAGAUGGACAAUUUCUAUACAGUAACGGUGUACGAAAAGGGUGCUGAAGUUGUCCGUAUGUACAAAACUUUAUUGGGAAGUGAAGGGUUCCGAAAGGGAACGGAUUUGUACUUUAAAAGGCAUGAUGGACAAGCAGUAACUUGUGAAGAUUUCUUUGCUGCUAUGAGAGAUGCUAACAAUGUCGAUUUUGCUAAUUUCUUAUUAUGGUAUUCACAAGCUGGUACCCCUAUUGUGAAAGUUACAUCUUCUUACAAUGCUGAAGCUCGAACCUUUUCUUUGAAGUUUAGUCAAACAGUGCCACCUACGCCAGGUCAGCCUACAAAAGAGCCAAUGUUCAUUCCUGUAGCUAUGGGGCUUCUUGAUUCAAGUGGAAAAGACAUGCCAUUAUCAUCUUUCUAUCAAGAUGGGAAGUUAGUGUCCAUCACAUCUGGUGCUCAGCCUGUCUACACUACUGUUCUCAGGGUUACAAAGGCUGAAGAAGAAUUUGUAUUCCAUGAUUUGGAUGAAAAACCGAUUCCAUCACUGUUAAGGGGUUAUAGCGCUCCUAUUCGCCUACACUCUGAUCUCACAGAAAACGAUUUGUUUUUCCUUCUUGCUCAUGAUUCAGAUGGAUUUAAUCGUUGGGAAGCUGGACAAAUAUUGGCAAGGAAACUGAUGCUCAACCAAGUUGUUAACUUUCAAAAAGAUGAGAAAUUGGUUCUUGAUCCACAAUUUGUGCAUGGUAUCAAAUGUAUUCUUUUAGAUUCGAGUCUAGACAAGGAAUUUAUUGCAAAAGCAAUAACUCUCCCUGGUGAAGGUGAGAUUAUGGACAUGAUGGAAGUUGCAGACCCUGAUGCUGUUCAUGCUGUUCGAUCUUUUAUCAGAAAGCAGCUUGCUUUGGAGUUGAAACAAGAAUUCAUAAACAAGGUGAAAGAAAAUAGGAGCUCAGAGAGCUAUGAGUUUGACCAUGUUAAUAUGGCAAGACGUGCUCUUAAGAACACUGCUCUUGGGUAUCUUGCAUCUCUUGAAGAUGAAGAAAUCAGUGAGCUUGUGUUGAAUGAAUACAAAAGUGCAACAAAUAUGACAGAUCAAUUCUCAGCUCUUGCAGCCAUUGCUCAAAAACCGGGUAAUGCGCGUGAAGAAGCUUUGGCUGACUUUUAUGAAAAAUGGCAGCAUGAUUACCUGGUGGUUAACAAGUGGUUUUCACUUCAAUCUGCAUCGGAUAUUCCUGGGAAUGUUGAGAAUGUUAAGAAACUUUUGAAUCAUCCUGCAUUUGACCUAAGGAAUCCCAACAAGGUUUAUUCACUGAUUGGAGGAUUUUGUGCAUCGCCUGUUAACUUCCAUGCUAAAGAUGGUUCAGGCUACAAAUUCUUGGGAGACCUUGUGGUGCAGCUUGACAAACUGAACCCACAGGUGGCGUCUAGGAUGGUUUCAGCCUUUUCCAGAUGGAAGCGAUAUGAUGAUACCCGCCAAAACCUUGCCAAGGCACAGCUGGAGAUGAUUGUGUGUUGUAACGGGCUCUCAGAGAACGUAUUUGAAAUCGCCUCAAAGAGUUUGGCUGUUUAGAAUCUUUCUUUUUAUGAAAGAAUCAAAGUGGUGAUCAUAUAAAACUUGAAUUAGAAUAAUGAUGUUUUAGUUACUUAUGUACUGGUAAAAUCCCCUGAAAUGGUAAGAACAUGAAUAAUUUUACAACUUUUUCCUUUGAGUUUGUUGAAGAUCUUCAGGUGAAAAAGAAAUGCUAUUUUUCUUGGUCUA